CCAUUGAUCAAGAGAUAAUCAAUACCAAAAAUGAUGUAUCAAUAUUUGAAAAUCACGCAGAUGAUUUCUUUGAAUAUGUGGUAAGGCAAACUCAGUUUACUGAAAAAGAUCUGCUUUGUGAAGUAAAGCAGUAUUUGGGUCGUAUUAUUGAUGAUAGCCAUGCUUCGUUGGAUGCAAAUAUGAUAGCUGCAUUAAUGUGUCAAAGAAAUUGGUUAGAUGCAGCUAAAAAGUUUGGUUGGAAGCUGUAA